AUGGCAGAUUAUUUUGUCGAGGAGCACAAAUUCAAGGAAGAAGUUUUUCGUCAUAGGUUUCGUAUGUUGAAAAGGUUGUUUUUAAAAAUUGUGAGUGAUGUGCAAGAGAAUAACCCGUGGUUUCAAGAGGGCAUGGAUGAGAGAAUGAAGAAGAGUUUUACACCGUUGCAAAAAGUAACAUUAGCGAUUAAACAACUUGCAAUCGGUAACCCCCCAGACGAGAAUGACGAGUAUUUAAAUAUGGCCGAAAGGACUUCCCAGUUGCGGGGCCAAUAUAUGAGGGAGGAUCACAGGUACCCGACAAUUAUGCUCGAAGUGAUGGUCUCUCAAGAUUUGUGGAUUUGGCAUGCUUUUUGUGGACCACCAGGUUCACAAAACGACAUCAACGUGCUUCAACAAACUCCUUUAUUUCUUACUCAACGAAAUGGAACUGCACCAAAAUGCCCAUUUUACGUGAACAACCACUUGUACAAGCGUGGAUACUAUCUUACCGAUGGAAUCUACCCUACUUGGUCCGUGUUUGUGAAAUCAUUUGUGUAUCUUCACAUUUUGAAAGAAAAGAAGUUCAAGAGGCAACACGAGGUGGUAAGAAAAGACGUGGAGCGGGCUUUUGGUGUUUUAAAGGCAAAAUGGAGUGUACUUAAUUGA